AUGUUGACCCCUUUCACCCACCUCUUUAUAUCGAAAAACCGUAAAGUCAACUUUGAAUUGUCGCUGAUCAUUCGAGAUUUAGUCAAUGUGCCACUUGUGAGUGGCUAUUACUAUGUCAAUUGGAAGCUGCGAAAUGCAUCGCAUACAACAGGCACAACAGAAAGAGUGCACAUUAAAGAUCACCAAAUUACAUGGAAUCAUCCAAUCAAUACAAUGGUGCAACUAGUCAUCAACAAGCAGCAGGUGCUCAACGAUUGCGAGCUGAAACUCGACAUUUAUCAGAAAGGCGGCAAAGAGAUUGGCACAUUAUCAAUCAAUUUGUCUGAAUACGCUGGUUCAGGAGUAACAACCGAACGAUACCUACUGCAAAACUGUAAAUUUAAUUCGACUAUUAAGCUAUCAUUACGGAUGAAUAUAAAACCCGAUUCCACGUCAAACCAACCAUCAUCAUACCCUCAAUUCCAAACGCCCCCGUUAUCGAGAAAGCAGAUUUUCAAAGAUAUACCCACUGUCAUUCAAGAACGGAAGGAGCGAAACAAAAAGGUCGAUCUGCCUCCUCCUAUAUUGACCAUUCGCAAAUCACAAUCCGUCAUGUCGUUGCCGGGAUUCUGUAAAUUGCAGACCUCAAACGAAGAACCAUCUCCUAUAGACGUCGUAGAAAAACUGUUUGCAGUGAGAGUCGUGGAGCCAGUUUGA